AUGCGCAAUUCGCCAGGGUCUUUCUUGGGGACGAUCCGUGGGGCCGAGACCCAUGUUGCGCAGUUGUUUCGCUACACCAGUCCAGCUGCUUCCAGCUCGCUCACAUGUGUCUUCAGCCUCUCCAGUUGGGCUGGGGGGUAUCAUCACAUUCCCCAUUUGACUGGGACAGUGCCAGGCUUGAUUCGCACUCGCCGCGGCUCCACCUUGAUCAGCUCGUCGUCGCUGAUCUCCAGGCUAAAUGCAUCGCAGAGCUUCACAGGAGAAGUCACAUGUUCUCGAGGAG